GAGAGAAGUUCUUGAUAUAUACGGUUUUGUGUCUAGUCAAACUCUAUCUAUCACGUUCGUAUCCACUGCGUACAAAAGAAUUUUGAAAUUUGUAUGUUCUCUCCGGAAAGAGUGUCAAAAUUUCCCCAGAAAGCGAAUCCACUAAAGAAAGAACACGACUUGGAGUGUGCAACUCACCCUCUUAUUCAUCGCAGUCUACACAACUUACAACGGUCUACCACUAUGUUACUCCUGUAGGGAUGUCGCUAUUGUUUUAUCAGAACCUUUCGUUGUGUUCCUUGUUUUGUGAUCUUCAAUCAUACUUGCCCAAACAGAGCAACGAAACUACCCCACCAUAACACAUCAAUAAAGUCUCGAUUCUCCAUUCGACCAGAGCCGAGUGCCCUGCCCUUGGAUUGCUUGGGCUGGAAGGGAGGAAGGGCUUGAGAUUAGGUGUUUGGCCAGAAUUGUCGCCCGAGUCAGAAAGAUAUACAACUUAAGUAGGUGACAGUAGAACUUUGCAAUGGAACAUCUGCCGUCAAUACUCAAAGGUCUCGGCAUAACCUCCUCAGCAGAUGAUGAAUCAAAAGAUUCGGCGCAGUUUACUUCGGCAGCUGUGGAUCCAAUUUCAAGUCCUCUCGGGUCGCAAGAUGAUUUAAGCAGUAUAGGAGUUCUCGAAUUACUCGAAUCAGACGAAAGAGCCGUUUUUAUACUUGACCUCACGAACCCAGGCGAUACAACGCCGAUAUAUACGAAUCCGCGAUUGAAAGAAUUACAAGUGCUGGGAAGCAAAGUUGGGGAAUCUCUUGAUCUGCGCGUGGCAACAAAGGAUGAAAAACACAGGGGAUUUUUAGAGUGGGCAGGAGGCGAUUUCAGCGAUGGAAAAAUACCUGUUACACUGUAUUGUGGAGUGAGAUGGAGUGCGCAGACAAUGAGAAAUCGAUGGAGGGUUAUUGCUGGAGAUGUAGGAGGAAGGAUAGACAUUAUCGGGGACAAACCUACCAUCCAUCGAUCGCAAACUCUCUCGCCACAGAAAGCACAACGCAUAUCAAAAUCUGACGAUUCAUCUAGAUCCUCACUCGAAUCUCAAUUAGAGGCAUAUCGACUUCAUCGGGAAGAUACAAUCUCAAUAUUUCCACCAGCACAAGAACCAGUUACUUUGAAAGAGGUACUUGAAGUGGGAGAUACGACACUUGGCCCAUUCGAUAUAUUGGCGCCAGAUACGAUAGUUGAAUUGUCACCGCAUGUCAGAUUCUUCCUCGGUUUUGAUUGGGCAUGUACGGAGCUUGGCCCCAUAGAUUCUUGGCCAGUUGAGCUACGAAGAAUGUGCAAUUUUCUCAUGUCAGACCCAAGACCUGCGGCAAUGUAUUGGGGCCAAUCCAGAGUUAUGAUGUACAAUGAACCGUAUAUGUUAGUCACAGGACAGAAGCAUCCGGGGAUGAUGGGUAAAACCUUCUCGGAGGCAUGGGCUGAAGUUGAAGACGCAUUUAGCGAUUCAUUCAAUAAAGCGUAUAAAACUGGUAAAGCUUCAACUAUGGAUGAUGCAAGGUUCUUUAUCGAAAGAUAUGGAUACCUGGAGGAGACCUAUUAUUCAUUGUCGAUUUUACCGUUCAGUUGCAACAGCUACGGCAGCCAUAUUGCUUUUUACAAUCCUGUAUUUGACACUACUAGGCAAGUAGUUGCAGAUCGUAGAAUGAUAUUUUUGUUACGACUUGGCCAGUUCAUUGCUUCAUCUCGAGAACCCAAGGAUUUUUGGCAGCAGCUUCUACGAGGGCUUGAACCAGACCAUCCAGAUUUGCCGUUUGCUUUGUUAUACUCAGCCGGCAAUGACGUUAACGAGACCCUUUCAGAAUCUUCAGCGUUAAGCCACAACUCCAACUGGGUACUGGAAGGAUCUGUUAGAGUUCCUGAUGCUGGGAAGAAUGUACCGAAACAUAUCAAUUCUGAGAACCCCAUGGAGGAAUUUCUACCCAGUUUUAGCGACCUUGUCAAGUUAGAUUGCCCUACGCUCUUACAUCGAGAAGACGGCACUAUUCCUUCGUCUUUGACUGCUGCUCUUCAGGGCACUAUUGCAUGGGAUACAGUUGUUUUCUUACCAAUUAGAGCUACUACAGAAACCGUUCUCGGGUUUCUUAUCAUUGGACUCAAUGCCCGACGAAAAUAUGAUGAUGACUAUAGAUUGUUCAUACAACUUCUCAGUCGACAACUAGCUACUUCAAUGGCUGCGGCAGUACUGGUCGAAGAUGAAAUCCAACGUGGUCGAAUGGCUGCCGAACAUGCUUACCAAGAUCGCAAUCGACUAUCCAUGAAACUCGAAAUUCAAGCUCAUGAAGCCUCGGAGAUUGAAAGUCGUUUCAGAAAAAUGGCUGAUCUAGCUCCCGUUGGGAUGUUUCACACUGGCGUUGAUGGCAAAUUAAUCUAUGCUAACGAACUCUAUUAUAACUUAACGGAACUAGAUAGAGAUAUCGCUACUAAUACGGGCUGGCACGAGGUAAUCAUGGAGGAAGAUUGGCCAAUUGUCGAUACGCAAUGGAAAAAACUUAUGGAUGGGGAACCUGUCUCCUUUGAAAUCCGGUUACGAGCACUUUUCAAGGGGGCUGAUAAAAUCGGGGAUGAAGAAAUUGAUGGUGCAAUCUGGAUAAUAGCUGCUGCUUAUCCUGAAAAGGCGCCAGAUGAUACUGUCGUUGGAGUUUUGGGCUGCUUCACUGAUAUCAGUCGACAGAAGUGGGCCGAAGAUUUUCAGAAACGGAAAAUGCUUGAAGCGAUUGAGUUGAAGCGUCAACAAGAGAACUUUAUUGACAUGACAUCACACGAAAUGAGGAAUCCAUUAUCAGCCAUCAUUCAAUGUGCAGACAUGAUCGGACUUUCGGUCAAGGAAUUUGAUGGAGGAACUAAUGAUGUCAUUCUUCCAAGAGAGGCAGUUCAUGGAUACGCAGAUGCAGCUUCGACGAUUAUACUAUGUGCUCAACAUCAGAAAAGAAUCAUCGAUGACAUUCUCACGCUGAGCAAGCUGGAUUCCGAUUUGUUAUUCGUCACUCCUACCGAAGUACAGCCAUUACCUAUCAUCCAAAAUGCACUGAAGAUAUUUGAUGGAGAAUUGCAGAAGAGUGAUGUCGCGCUAAGAUUUCAUGUAUCACCUUCAUUCGAAGAACUCAAUAUUGACUGGAUUAAACUGGAUCCAAGUAGAUUAGUACAGGUCCUUAUCAAUCUUGUUACGAAUGCGAUUAAAUUCACACAAACUCAACCAAAACGGAACAUUGCCAUCACAGUGAGCGCAGCACUGGAGCCUCCUAGCACACCAGGUCUUGUCUACCUCUCAAGAACUAAUAUUCACAAAGACAACACGCCAGAGGGGGAAUGGGGAGAUGGAGAGAUUGUAUAUCUUCAUAUUGAAGUCCAAGAUAGUGGCCGCGGUCUCGAUGAAACGGAACGCAAUCUUUUGUUUAAAAGAUUUUCGCAAGCCUCACCGCGAACACAUGUUCAAUAUGGUGGAUCAGGUCUCGGUCUCUUCAUUUCUCGAGAACUUACAGAACUUCAAGGUGGUCAAAUAGGUGUCGCCUCAAAAGCAGGGGUUGGAAGUACUUUUGCAUUUUAUAUUCGAACUCGCCGCUGUGACCCGCCUGAUGAUAAGGAUUCUUUUGUUCCUCAAAUGGAUGUUCAAGCGCAAAAUAAUAUCAUUACGAAUAAUUCCCUUGCUCGGGUUAAAGGCCCUACUCGCCAUCCUUUAAGAAGUCGUCGUUCUCAAAGUCCGGCUUCUUCAGCACCAAAACAUAUUCUAAUCGUAGAAGAUAACAUUGUCAAUCAAAAAGUCCUAAGCAAACAACUUCGUAGCGCAGGUUGUAUUGUAAGCGUCGCAAACCACGGUCUAGAAGCCCUUGAAUUCCUCGAAAAAUCCACAUUUUCCACAAGUCUACCAGAAGGCGUGUCAGGUAUUCCAUGCAAUAUUUUAUUAAUGGAUCUAGAAAUGCCAAUAAUGGAUGGUCUUACUUGCGUACGACAGAUACGCAAGUGGGAAAGAGAAGGAAGAGUUAAAGGAAGAGUACCGGUAAUAGCUGUGACGGCCAAUGCAAGGAGUGAGCAGAUUGCCAGAGCGAAAGAGGCGGGUAUGGAUAGUGUUGUUACUAAACCUUUUAGGAUAGGAGAGCUAGUACCAGAGAUGGAGAGGUGGUUGAUAAGGGGAGUAGUGUUAGAUAGGGCGAAGGAAGGUGCAAGGGAUGAGAGAGCUGGAGUGGAGAGGAGAGAUAGUGCACCAAUUUAGGGGUGAGAAAGGGGGACAAAUGGUACAUAAAAUGGGCGUUUGCAUUCGCUAAGUUGGAUGGAUAGAAACACUAUAUAGAGAUUUGGAUGGGUUAGGUACAUUCACUGCGAUAUUACCACAAUAUAUUUGCAUGGGAGAGUCUAUAUGGGUAGGCGUCCUACGAUAAUUGUUUUAAGAAGGUUGGGAUAUAGCAUAGCAUAGCGAGGGUGUUUAGCGAUUUGGAAUUGGAAUUGGAAUUUGGAAUUUGGAAUUUGGAAUUUGGAAUUUGGAAUUUGGAAUUUGAUAUCUGGUAUUUGAUAUUUGGUAUUUAGCAUCUCGGCAUUAAGAUGGAGUAUAGAUAUUUCCUGCUUGAGAUGGAAGUUUUGACAUAAAAGGAGUUAUUGAAGAUCAAUUUAUUUGAUUUUUAUUUACGUCGAAUUGACUUCACAUAUUUCUUGGUAUCUA